UGUAAUUCCAAACAUUAGCAGGUCGUUACACCUUUUCUAUUGACAAGUUGGCGCAGAAGGAAAUAUCCAUGUGAAUUAGCGUGAUCAUCAUUCUUUUUUUAGAGUAUUUUGUUUGAUUAUUACAUAUAUUUUAAAUCAACGAAGAAAUUUUGAGAUUUCAAACAUUGGAUAUGAAAUAUUUGCAGUUCAGAUACCACAGGACUUACGUUGCUAGAAGUCAUGUUAUUUAACCUUUCUAGUUGAGCGUUAUUUAAGAUUUUAAAUAAGAAAAAUGCAUUUACUUCUUUGAAGGAUAUUCUCUUAAUAAUGGCAGCGAAACAUCCAGAUCAAACUUACUCUUGUGACAUUUGCGGUGAAGUAGAACUUUCUGAAGUAGAGAUGCGAUCACACACAUUGGUGGCUCACAUUGAAGGAGCUAUUUCAUGUCCUUUUUGUGAUUUGGGUGAUAUAUCGGCCGAUGAAAUGAUCUAUCACGUUAAUUCUGUCCAUUUGGAUUUCUUAACUCCCACUGAGGAUAAUGUUCAAUUUACUGUUUCCUCUAGUGAUUCAAUGGAUGAUGUUUCCUUUUCAAGUAAUGGUUUGCCUGACACCAAUUUUGCGACAGCUUCAGAAGGUUCACCUCAAAGAGCUAAUCUUUCACUUAAUUUGAAUCCUGGCCGUCUGAAAAAAGUAUUACUUAGUCCUCGAGGAAAUGAUCAAUCUGUUUGUCCUCUCUGUGAUUAUUCUAACAAAUCACCUACUAAACUUCAAGAACAUGUUAACCGACAGCAUUUUGAUCUGACCAGCCCAUCAUUUCCAGAAAUCCUAAAUAGUGAUGGUGGCUCAAGCCCUUUCCUUUGCCCUUUGUGUGAUAGAAAUUUUGAUUCCAGCCGAGAUGUAGAGUUGCAUGUAAAUGUAGAUCAUAGUGAUGUACUUAGCCCAAUCAAAUCAACCCAAGCUACUCCAGGAGAUGAAAAUUGCAAUGAUUGCUGUCCUGUAUGUGGAUGCUCUAAUUUUGUUUGUAGCUUAGAAUUAGAAUCGCAUAUAGAGGAGCAUUUCAGUCCUAAAUCAUCUAAUGGACUCCUAUGUUCUCCAAAGACACCUUAUGGUUUAACUCCUCUUGUUACUGAUGCCACUAUGCUACAAACUAGUCCUGCCUUAGAAAAAUUUUUGUUGAAAUCUGGUGCAAAAGAAGAAGGAAAUGCUGAUCAUUUACUUGCUCUGGAAAUGGAGAGAAGAGAAAGGGAAGAGCAACGACUACGUGAACAACGAGAGUUCCGCAUAUUACAAGCCCAGUAUGGAAUGGAUAAUCAAGGCAACUUUCGUGAACAAUCAAUUACUAAUAUGCAAAGAGCAGUGUAUGCUGGAGAAAUGAGUGUGGCUGAUUAUUAUAACAGACAAGUAGAGCUUUGUAUUGCAGAACGAGAUGGAGUGGAUGAUGGACAUUCUUGUACAAAAGGUCUCAUUCCAAAGAUAAGAGCUUUUAGCAUGGCUACCCCAAAUGUAGAACAUACCUGGCUUUGUAAUUCUGUGGAUCAUUAUGCCUCUACUUAUGGUGAUAAAGGUUGGGGUUGUGGUUAUCGAAAUAUACAGAUGAUGUUAUCUUCAUUAGUACAUAACACAAAAUAUAACAGCAAACUUUUCAAUGGUAGAUUUGCUAUAUCCAAGCUUCAAGAGCUUAUUGAAAAUGCCUGGAGGCAAGGAUUUGAUCCUGCUGGUUGUGAACAGUUAGGUGGUCGCCUCAUAAAUACUAGAAAGUGGAUUGGUGCUACAGAAGUUGUAACAUUUUUGGCAUCUUUUCGAAUUAGAGCACGCCUUAUUGACUGCCAUCAACCUACUGGACCAAAUGGAACACAUCCAGAAAUGUUUCAAUGGGUUAAAGGAUACUUUACAAAAGAUGAAGAAUUUAAACCUCCUGUGUAUUUACAACAUCAUGGUCACAGUAGAACGAUAAUAGGCUUAGAGGAAUUACAAGAUGGAAGUUUGCAACUUUUAGUAUUUGAUCCUAGUCAUAGUAAAUCACAAAUGGAACAGUUUAGUAGCACUGCAUUAAAUUCAAAUGCUAUGAGGCUUAUACGACGCCCGCUUUCAGCAUUAAAAGCUAGGCAGUAUCAAUUAGUUUAUGUUGAUGGCAUUAUAGAAAAUGAAGAUGAAUAUCAGCAUAUGAAAAUUAUUCGUUCACAAAGAAUACCUCCAUCCAAUUAAGUCUCGUUCCUAAAGGUAUGCAUUGUGCGUUUCAUCGGUAUCUUCUGAUUACAAGAGGGGUGAAGUUUUAUUCAAUUUUAGUAACAAGUUUGGCGUUGGAGGCAGAAGAUUAUAGCAUUUCAGACACUCAUGUUGCUUAAAUUAUUAAGUUUAACUUAUUUAGAUCAUUCAUAGUUGAAACUAUGCAUGUACCCAAGUGCUUCAUAAACUAUCAUUGCACAGAGGUAACUUUUUUCAAUGCUAAAAUAAAUUAUUAAGUCAGUUGUUCUUGUGUGACAUAGGACCUAAUUGUAAUGAGAUAAAUGAAAAGUUAGCAUAGAAAUUUUACUAUUUAUGACACUUUUUUUUCAAUAACAUUUUUCGAUUUAAAGCUCUAUUUUCUGUGUUCAUUCCAUAGUUAAAGUGUAGAUGUAAUUGCUCUUAUACUUUAGCAUUAAAAACAAGUGUUACCUCAUUCCAAAUAUUUAACUUUUCAAUGCUGAAACCUGCUGUAGUGUGUCAGAAGUUUCAGAUGAAAAUGUACCACUAGUGCCUGCUCAUUAAUGGAGUUUGUAAAUAAUAUGUUAACUCUCAAUGCUCUUUUUUGUAAAGUGAUUUGCCAAUAUCAGUGUUUAAUGUAGGGAACUUCAAUAACGUGACUGUGUUUUUAUUGAGAAAUUUUAAAAACUACAAUCACUCUAAAUGUUUAAUUUUUAAACGAAUUAUAAUCAUGCUCAUCUUAACAUAGGAAAAUAGAACUUAAUUUCUUUGCAUACUGUUUCCAGACACUUACUUUUGUUAGCAAAGUUUCAAUAAAUUAUAUUUUGAAAAAAAUUAGAUUUAAUUACUAGGAAGUGAUGGGACUGCAUGCAUAUGACUCAGUGGCAACUUUUGCUGCUUGGCAAUGGAAAUAAUUAUGGGGCUGUUUUUUAAAUAACUAUCAAUUUAGUUUCAUGUUCCAGCACAUUUUAAAUUUAAUUUAGUAAUUUUUAAUUUAAUUUUAAAAAAAAUCUUUUUAACUUUGUGAAGACAGAUUUUUAUUUAUUUUGUUAAAUAUGUACAUCAUUAG